AUGAAAAAGAUGAAACUGUUGCUGGAGUCAACUUUCUGCCUUGUAUGGUCGCCAGUCCUUGGAUCUUUAUCUUCACAAUCGGGCUUUUCUCAAAGGCCUGAUGGGCUACAACCUGGGGUUUUAGAUCCUGGUGAAGGUCUUCGUUCUCAGGUAGUCGCUUGCUUAGCUGCUGGGGCUGUGCCUGUUGUUCUGGGCGAAAGGACACUUCAUUUAGCACAUCUUCCGCUCGUCGAGGCCAUCGGUCCGGCCACAUGGAGUGAUGCCAUGGUCUGGAUACCAAGGCGGCGCGCCGACAGCCUGCAUGAUUUGGUUAAUUUGUCAGAGAGAGAAGUAGUCCGUUUGCGUCGACAGGGCCAACUGCUUUACACUCGCUUCUUGUCCAGUCCCGAGGCUCAGCUCUCAAGUAUUCUUUUACUCUUGACCCGUCGACUCAGCCUGCCUCUGCCACCAGCAUCCCCAAUCGCAGCCACCUCAGCCUAUGCCACUGAUCACUACUCCUCUUCUCAUCCCUCUUCUGUAACUGGUGAAGCUUCAGUCACAACUAGCUUCCCCAACAUUACUACUACCCCUGUUUUAUUUACUGACUUCUCGCCCAAUCUCAUCUAUUCAGUCCCUCGCGAAAUUCUUGGUCGUGUUGAUGUUGACUACCUCCUUGGGCCAACGGAGCCUUUGCAUGACUCCCCUUCUCUUACUCCAGCCGUCGUCUCAGCCCUCUUGGCUCCCUCUGGUCCUGGACACCAAGGCAUUGGACAAAACCCAUUCUUCAGCUAUCCUUCAACACCUUGGCAGUUCGUGCUGCCAUCUGACGCGAUUGUUUUUUCUGGUAGUCAAACCCGAUUUAAAUGCCUAUUUAUUUUUCCCUCUUGA